AAGGAAAGGGGGCGGAAAGUUCUAGAACCUAACAAAAAAAACCUAUAUAAGAAGACUUGAGCUGCUUCUACAAUCAAUAUUGAUUCCUCAACGAUCUGAAAACCCUAAUUUGCUACUCUUUCUUAGUUCUUUCUCGAUUCCAAUCAAAUGGCUGGUAAAGGAGAAGGUCCGGCUAUCGGAAUCGAUCUGGGGACGACCUACUCCUGCGUCGGGGUGUGGCAACACGACCGCGUCGAGAUCAUUGCCAACGACCAAGGUAAUAGAACAACGCCGUCCUACGUCGCCUUCACCGACACAGAGCGCCUCAUCGGCGAUGCGGCCAAGAACCAGGUCGCCAUGAACCCUAUCAACACAGUCUUCGAUGCAAAGCGAUUGAUUGGUAGGAGGUUCACUGAUGCAUCAGUUCAGGGUGAUAUGAAGCAUUGGCCAUUCAAGGUAGUUGGUGGUCCCGGUGAUAAGCCAAUGAUUGGGGUAAACUACAAGGGUGAGGAGAAGCAGUUUGCUGCGGAAGAAAUAUCAUCCAUGGUUCUCACUAAGAUGCGUGAGAUUGCAGAGGCCUAUCUCGGCUCCACGAUUAAGAAUGCAGUUGUCACCGUCCCUGCUUAUUUCAAUGAUUCUCAGCGUCAGGCCACCAAGGAUGCUGGAGUCAUUGCCGGCCUCAAUGUCAUGCGUAUCAUCAAUGAGCCAACCGCUGCUGCCAUUGCAUAUGGUCUUGACAAGAAAGCUACAAGUGUCGGGGAGAAGAAUGUGCUUAUCUUUGACCUCGGUGGUGGUACUUUCGAUGUAUCUCUUCUCACCAUUGAGGAGGGUAUCUUUGAAGUGAAGGCCACUGCUGGUGACACUCACCUUGGAGGAGAAGACUUUGAUAACCGUAUGGUGAACCAUUUUUCUCAGGAAUUCAAGAGAAAGCACAAGAAAGACAUCAGUGGAAGCCCCAGAGCCCUUAGGAGGUUGAGAACUGCUUGUGAGAGGGCAAAGAGGACUCUUUCAUCAACUGCUCAGACAACCAUUGAGAUUGAUUCAUUGUUUGAGGGAGUUGAUUUCUACACAACCAUCACUCGUGCCAGAUUUGAGGAGCUAAACAUGGAUCUCUUCAGAAAAUGUAUGGACCCUGUUGAAAAGUGUCUGAGGGAUGCCAAGAUGGACAAGAGCACUGUCCACGAAGUAGUCCUUGUCGGUGGCUCUACUAGAAUUCCAAAGGUUCAGCAGCUAUUGCAGGACUUCUUCAACGGGAAGGAGCUGUGUAAGAGCAUAAACCCAGAUGAGGCCGUUGCUUAUGGUGCCGCUGUGCAAGCUGCAAUCUUGAGUGGUGAAGGCAAUGAGAAGGUACAGGACCUGUUGCUGUUGGAUGUCACCCCUUUGUCCCAAGGGAUGGGUCGGGCAAUCGGUAUCGAUUUGGGGACGACGUACUCGUGCGUCAGAGUGUUUUGCCCAUUCCGUGAACGCGUUGAGAUAAUUGUCAAUGAUCAAGGUAACACCACGACACCGUCCUACGUCGCCUUUAACGACACCGAACGCCUCAUCGGCGAUGCCGCCAAGUAUCAAGUCCUCAGCAACCCUAUCAACACCAUCUUUGAUGCUAAACGAUUGAUUGGUAGGAAGUUCAGUGAUGCAUCAGUUCAGGGUGAUAUGGAGCACUGGCCAUUCAAGGUCAUUGCUGGUCCCAGUGAUAAGCCAAUGAUUGUGGUGAACUACAAGGGCGAGGAGAAACAGUUCGUUGCUGAAGAGAUCUCAUCCAUGGUUCUCACUAAGAUGCGUGAUAUUGCUGAGGCCUAUCUCGGCUCCACGGUUAAGAAUGCAGUUGUCACUGUCCCUGCUUAUUUCAAUGACUCUCAGCGUCAGGCCACUAAGGAUGCCGGAGUCAUUGCUGGCCUCAAUGUCAUUCGUAUCAUCAAUGAGCCCACUGCUGCUGCAAUUGCUUACGGUUUUGACAGGAGAGCUGCAAGUGUGGGCGAGAAGAAUGUGCUUAUCUUUGACCUUGGCGGAGGCACUUUUGAUGUUUCUCUUGUCACCAUUAAGGCGACCGGGGUCAUUGAAGUGAAGGCGACUUCUGGUGACACUCACCUUGGAGGAGCAGACUUUGAUUACCGCAUGGUGAACCAUUUUGUUCAGGAAUUCAAGAGAAAACACUGCAAAGACAUCAGUGGAUGCCCUAGAGCUAUUACGAGGUUGAGAGCUGCUUGUGAGAGGGCAAAGAGGACUCUUUCAUCAGCUAUCUGGACAACCAUCGAGAUUGAUUCAUUGUAUGAGGGAACUGAUUUCUACCCAAGCAUUACUCGUGCCAAAUUUGAGGACCUAAACAUGGAUUUCUUUAAGAAGUGUGUGGAGAGUGUUGAAAAGUGUUUGAGGGAUGCCAAGAUGGAUAAGAGUAGUGUCCACGACGUAGUCCUUGUCGGUGGCUCUACUAGAAUUCCAAAGGUUCAGCAUCUAUUGCAGGACUUCUUCAACGGGAAGGAGCUGUGUAAGAGCAUUCACCCAGAUGAGGCUGUUGCUUAUGGUGCGGCUGUGCAAGCUGCAAUCUUGAGUGGUGAGUACCAGGAGCUGUCGCUGUUGGAUGUAACCCCUCUGUCCCUUGGCGUGGAAGUUGUUGGAGGUGUCAUGUCUUUUGUGGUUCCAAGAAACACUACAAUUCCUACCAAGAAGGAGAAGGUGUUCUCUACCGACUAUGAUAACCAGCCCAAUGUGCUGAUCCAAGUGUACGAGGGUGAGAGAACAAGAACAAGCGACAACAACUUGUUGGGCAAAUUCAGGCUCUCUGGCAUUCCUCCUGCCCCUAGACAAGUUCCGCAAAUCAAUGUCUGUUUUGACAUUGAUGCCAAUGGUAUCUUGAAUGUCUCGGCUGAGAACAAGAGCACUGGUCAAAAGAACAAGAUCACUAUCACUAAUGAAGAGAACAGGUUGUCCAAGAAAGAGAUUCAGAAGAUGCUUCAGGAAGCUGACAAGUACAAGUCUGAAGAUGAGGACUACAAGAAAAGGGCUGAGGUCAAGAAUAGUUUGGAGAAUUGCGCGUAUAAGAUGAGGAAAGCUGGUAAUCUCUCACAGGCAGACGUGGUGGAGAUCGAGGAUUCUAUUGAUGAGGCCAUAAAGUGGAUGGACAGGAAGGAACUUGAGAGCAUGUGCAACCUCACCAUUUCCAUGGCUGAACAUGGACGCUCAGCCGGUGGAAGUGGCGCAGGCCCCAACAAUAUUUGUUCUUUCCAUAGAGGAAAAGAAGAAAAGAAAAGAAGAAAAGAAAAGAAGAAAAAAUGGCAGUAUGAGCCAAAUGAAGAGGAAAUGAUAUAAAUGAAAGACUAACCUAACCUGCAGAGGUAAUGCUUGUGGAACUCACCACUAUAGUCAACAUGUAUCUGGUGGGUGAACGCGUUCUUGGUUGAACCGGCACAAGCUUGAAAUCAACUAUAUAUGUGGAAAUGAUAAGAGAAAUUAAGUAUUUAUUAAAAUAUCAAAAUUUAGCGUGCAUUAUGUUGGUAGGAGGAUGUAGUGGCUUGCCUGAUUCUGUGACUUAAACUCUAGUGGCAGUGCAGUAGUGGCAUUGAGAAGCUGCAAGGAGUAUUAGUGUUAGGAGGAGAAGAUCCAAAACUUGUAUUCUCUUCAUUUUAGGCACGAGCUUGUGCAGGGUGGUAAAUAAAUACACAAUUUAAGCUA